AUGGACUCGUCGCCUGAUGCGGAUCGUUGCUCUGAUCGAGGGCUUCAAGAAGCAGAAGAUACAGAAUUCGAUGAUACUACACGGUAUACUAAUGUUGGCCUGGCGGCAACCGCGUCGCCUCCCAGAUUCCAACGACCGUCAGCACCUCGGAGACGGUUAGGAGGCAACGCAACCUCACCCUCAACUAGCCAUGCUGAAAGCGAUUCUGAUUCAGAUAUCAUUGAGCGCGAGCGAAUGAGCCCCAUACCAGUAUCUCGCAUUCAGAAUGUUCUUGGUCAAGGGCACGAAGCUAUUGGGCUAUUCACCUCAACAAGCUACGACCCAACUCUUUUGAACGUUGAGACACGAGAUGAAGCACAGGUUGUUACGCCAAAGGAUCAAGAAAGCCAAGAGAUUGACAUGGGCUCUGCCAGUGGCGAUACCUCGCCAGACGCCAAUGAUUCUUCUCCACUCUUCCUUGACAGUGAACCCGACCGGGCAGAGCAGGAAGCACAGGAAGCGCCAGCCACGCAGAGCCUUUGGCUUCCUACCCGAAACAUUGAUUCUCCGAUCUCCCAUGGCCAAGGCAAGAGUGAGGGCCUGCUUGACCCUCAAGGGAGCGACUAUGGGGAAGACAUCAGGAGAUCUUCGACGGACGAAAGCAUAUGGGCCAAAACUCGAGACCGGGGAGAGACGGGAUUUGAGCAGCAACCCGAUCAAGAAGAGCAAGCAACGCAGCAAGCUUCAGAGAACCAAGCCGCAAAAGAGAUGGUGACCAAGGACCAAUUGGAAAAAGUGCUUCGAGAGUACGAGCUUGUGAAAAGUGAAAGAGAUCGGCUCCUGGAAGACGUAGACACGCUUCGAGGAGAGAAUGCGCAAUGGGUCCAGGAAUUGUCUGAGGCACGGAAAAGGUUUCACGCUGUCGAAAACGAAAAUAUCCAAACAAGACUCGCACGCGAUAAGGACUGGAAGUACUUGGAAGACGCUUCUGAAAGCGCAAUGGCUGAGAUAACCAGUGUUGAAAGAACGACUGUAAGAUUGGAAAAGGAAAAUUCGGAGCUGAGGGACAAGCAAGUUAAGCUGGAAUCUCAGCUCAAGGAUGCUGAGCUGAUAAUAUCGGAGCAGCGGUCAAGAAUUGAAGGGUUGCAGACAGAACUGGAUCCGCUCAGAGCUUCGGAGGAUCGUUCAAAAGAGGCACGUCAAGCACAAGAGAGAGAAAGUGAGCGCCAUCGGGCGGAAUUGAGUAAGAUCAUGGAAUGGCUAGGGAAGCAGCGGGCGCAACAGCAUCUCCUCUAUCCUGUGGUGGUGCAGUUUUGCGAUCAGCAUAUGACUAGACUUCUCGACCAAAUACAGUCGUAUGGCAUUCAACAAUCCAUUCCACCAUCGCCUUACCAAUAUCAGAGCCUGGGCGAAUCGGUCAAGACGCCCUCGGAACUUGCUCCUUCAAGUCGCCAAAGCAUGGCCAGCCAGUCCAGUACUGUUGCAGUCAGGUAUCACCCAUCAAGAGUGCUCUCCCUUCCUCCAUUGGCGGCAUCUAAUCCUCGGCCUGAGUCCUUACCUGGUCAAGAUCUGUUUUAUCAGCCAAGGAUAGAUACGGACAGAAACGGCAUAGUCUUCAAGAGGCCUGCUCUCAUACAGCGACCACUACGGAAGGAAGAUAUAUCGCGAGGCAAAGAUAACUCUGAUCGGAUACCAAGGCCUGGGACGGCUCCAUCGCAGCUUGGUGACAAUAAGCCGAUAUCGCAGUAUUCUAGUCGACCACGCGGUCUUUCUCCUUUCUCCAAGCACUCUUGGGCAAAUAGUCAGGACGACGCUGGCCCUAACGUGAACAAGUGGGGUGAAGCUAUCGAUACUUUAAAUCUUCAAGGGAUGGGCCAGUCUCUACAACUGGACGAGGCCGAGGAGUCUGUCGUUCGAGGGAAUUCAACACAGGGUCGCGAAGCUCCAAGCCCCGAGGCGACCAGCAGUGCCAUUGGACAGCCUCAAAGUCCGGGUUUGAGGAAAAGAUUCGGCUCUUAUCCACCAAAAUCGCCACCGAGAUCUGUGGGAAACCCAGUUUUACUCGAUCGUGAAGAGUUGCAAACAGUUGCAAGUCCACCCUCUCGAACAGACUCAGAAACAUUGGAAAAGAAAUUCGAAGCGGAUGCCUCUCCAGUCGAAGCGGCCAUCGAGGACUACACCAACGAUGCAUACCGACCAACGGACUCAACUACUUUCCACUCGAAUAUAUUCGGUGAUGGGAGGCCGAAAAUCUCAAGGUCUCAAAGUCUCACUCGGCCCGGAAACAGUAUCAAUGAGUCGGGCCUAAGACAUCGCAGACCCUAUUCAUGGGAUCUGAAAGCAAAUCAGACGUCGUUGCAGUUGACAGAAAAAUGCAGCAAUGGAUUGCAGGGCCCCCCAAGCGUUGCUUGCAACGGCGACGGAACUGAUGAGGUGUCAGUGCCUCGUUUGGUGUUUGAUUUUGGACAGCGUCUGCUGCAUACCUCGUCAUACGUACCAUCGGCUCUUACCAACACCUCGAGUGUGACAGGACUGCCAGAGUCGACCCAUGGAGGUUCACAGCGGUCCUUUGCGAAUGGUCAGCACUCUCCACAUCCUUUUCUGAACAGCUCGUCUGCUGCUUCUGGUCAAGAAGAGACUCGACCCGCUGAUCCUCUCGCGCGCAAGAUCGUAAGGCUGGUUCCUCGUUCUCGCCGCAGGACCCGAGUUAAGACCGUCCAAAAGGAGGAGAUUUUCCCUUCUAUUUUCGACAUGGUCAACUCGAGCAUCGACUCAUUUAGCGAUAUCUGUGAAAGCGUCCAAGGUUGGAUGUCUGAUAUCGUAAGUGUAUCUGACCCCGGAACUGUUUCAACGCGCUUGUCCAGUGUCUUCUCGGAAUGGGACGUUGCGGGAUUGAUUCUGGACAAUGACAGUCAAUCCAGUGGUGCAAGUGUACAUCUCAGCGAGUCACCAAGCGCGUCAGAAAAGAGAGGUCCUUGGCUAGACGAGGGAACCCCUUCUGACGUCGAGGGCGAGCAUCCCACAUCUCACAGAUCAGAAUCUGGAGCGGCAUUCGAGCCGCCUGUCCUCCAAAACAACGAUUACAUCAAAAAGGCAUCUACUCGAUCGGAAAGCGGGAGCGAAACGAGCAGGCAACCCCGUCAAGCAUAUGUCGAAAGCUGUUCGGAAUCGGAGUCAGAUUCAGCUUCAGUUGAUGGGACGAUGCGCUCACCGGUGCUAGAUGAUGUAGGUCAGUCAGACUCCAGGGACGAGCAUAGCACAUCCUACCAAGCCGAUUUCGAAACCGACUCGGAACGGGAUCGUGACGAUGGGACGAUAUACACAAACGCCAAACCUCAUGACAUGGGACCAGACACGAGACGCUCCAAAAUGUCGAGUUCUACGGCACGCGCUAGAUUGCCAUUGCCAUCACCGAAUGGCUCUCAACCGGCCCGCUCGUCUACUAACUAUUCUGCAAAACAAAUCCUCGAUCGGCGACCAAGCUACUUCAUCCUGACCAUCCUUCUGCUUUACAUAGCAGUGGACAUGGCCAUUAUCGUAUCAGUCCAUGCGGCGCCACUCAUCGGCGGCAUUUGGCAAAUGGCUCAAGCCUGGCUGGGAGUACUGUUGGCUGCUGUGUGGAAUCUAACUGUGUCUGUGGCUCUUCGCCAACGCACUCCAAGCAUCCUUGUGUCAUCGCCGGUUUCAGAGUCAGGUAUUAUCAUGCCGCCGAUUGGUUCAAUGUCUUCUUUCGACACAACACCCAGCAUGACCGCAUCAAUGCCCAAGGCGUUCAACCCAUAUCCAAGACGGCCAAUAUCGACUCGCAUGUCUCCAUCGCCCACCACCAAGUCUUCUCCUGGCUUGAACGGCAACGAGCAGAACAACGACAUACCGACGACAGUCUGGAUCCUCACGACAUCGCCGUCUCCACCCUUAUACCAGGUUAAACAUAACCAGACCAGUGCAGCUGAUCUGCGACUCGACGCCGAUGCCGACGCCGCCGACGGUCCUAGAAACAUGCAGACCAAAAUACCACAGCCGAACGAUACCAAACAAUCCAGCGCAGGCCUCCAACUUGAUGUCGACGUCAACCAUGAAGACGAGCUGAGGGAAAGAACACGACUAUGGCCAUCCAAUACCAAUGCCAGUACCAGUUCCAAAGCGAAAGCAAAAGCCAAAUCCAGGGCUAGCCCUGAAAUCCACGUCCUUCCCAAGACGAGAGAAUGGACAGGACCGGCGCAUCUUGAUUUCAGCCCCGGUAUACGUCGAUUCAUCGACAAGGUACGGUUUGAUGUCACGGUUAUGAUUGAUGCAGUGGGAAGAUAG